AUGGUCAGCCGAGAAGGAGAACCGCCGUAUUCCGCCGUUAGAGAGAAAGAGGAAGAACGAGCGAUGCUAGGGUUCACGAGAAAGUCAUUUUGUCUGCGGCUUGUCGAUCUCAAAGUGGAGAUUGUGGGAAAUAGUGAGCUCAACAAUGAAAAAUGGGCUUAUGGCCCAGCGAACAAAAGAAGAAGAGAGAUUGGUAUGGGCCUAACGGAUUGGGUCUGGUCCAACAAAGAGAAAUCUGUUACAAGUAGGAAAAGGAAGUAA